AUGGUCGCCGAACUCCCAUACGCCCUCGACGCAGAGACGCCGCUCAACUCCAACGAGCUCGACGUGCUCCGCAGUCAAUAUGAGAAGGAAGGCGAAAUGGUCGGCAUACAGACAAAGUUUAACUACGCAUGGGGACUUGUGAAAUCAACGAACCGCAACGACCAGCAACUCGGCGUCCGCCUGCUGUCCGACAUCUUCCGGCACUCCCCUGAGCGUCGCAGGGAAUGCCUCUAUUACCUUGCCCUUGGCAACUACAAACUCGGCUCGUUCGCGGAUGCCCGACGAUACAAUGACCUCCUGCUGGAGAGAGAACCUAGCAAUAUGCAGGCAGCGAACUUGCGACAGCUCAUUGACGACAAGGUUGCAAAGGAAGGACUCAUGGGCGUGGCGAUUCUGAGUGGUGUCGGUAUUGCAGCAGGUGUUGUAGGCGCCUUCAUCAUGAGGAACGCCAAGAAGAGAUGA